CGGAGCAGAGCCUGGAGGGAUGGGUCCCCGGGGCCCAGGGCUACAAGAGGAGCAACAGACAUCCACUACUACCUGACAUGUCCCCUUGCCCACUGUACAACCUCAGCUGGCAAUGGGAGAACUCAACAUGCCCAGAGACCAACAGCUCAGAACCCCACCCAGCCUCAUCGCCGGCGAUGCCCAUCUUCUCCAUGACGUUGGGCGCUGUUUCUAAUAUCCUGGCUUUGGUCAUUCUUGCCCGGGCCUUUAUCCGAUUCCGCCGCCGCCGUUCUCGUGCUCCCUUCCUGCUCUUUGCCACAGGUUUGGUGGCCACAGAUUUUGCCGGCCAUGUGAUCCCAGGGGCCCUAGUCCUACGGCUCUAUGCCACAGGCCUGGCUCCUGCCGGCCCUGCCUGCCAAUUCAUGGGCGCCUGUAUGGUCUUUUUUGGUCUGUGCCCACUGCUGCUGGGCUGUGGGAUGGCAGUUGAGCGUUGUGUGGGAGUAACCCGACCCCUGCUCCAUGCCAGCCUGGUCUCGGCUGCCCGAGCCCGCCUGGCACUUGGGAUACUUUGGGGCAUUGCCUUAGGCAUUGCUCUCCUGCCCCUCCUGCAUGUGGGGCGCUAUGAGAAGCAGUAUCCAGGAACGUGGUGCUUCAUAGGGCUGGCCCAGCCUAGGGGCUGGGGUGAGACUAUCCUGGCAAUGCUCUUCUCCGGCCUUGGCCUGGCCUCUCUCCUGGCUGCCCUGGUGUGCAACAUGCUCAGUGGACUGUCACUGGUCCGGGCACGCUGGCGGCGCCGCCAGGGGAGCAGCCGCAGGAUGGCUCGUGGCGGAGGUGGUGGCUCCUUAUCCUCUUCAGCUUCAUCUUCCUUCUCCUCCUAUUCCUCCCCUGCCCCACGCCGAGCUCGGGCCCACGAUGUGGAGAUGGUUGGCCAGCUGGUGGGCAUCAUGGUGGUAUCCUGCAUCUGCUGGAGCCCCUUACUGGUGUUGGUAGUGCUUGCCAUGGGCGGCUGGAGCUCGGUUUCCUGGGAGCGCCUCCUCUUCCUAGCAGUUCGUUUGGCCUCCUGGAAUCAGAUCUUGGAUCCCUGGGUCUACAUACUGCUGCGUCAAGCUGUGCUGCGCCAGCUACUACGCCUGUUCCCGCCCUGGCAUGAAGCCAAGGGGCUGCCCAGGGGAGCCUGGGAUGCUAGCUCCUUGCGCACCUCCCAGCACAGCGGCAUCGGCCGCUUCUAGGAGUCUUCUGUCUGGGCCAGGGUGGACUUUGCAAGGCAGGACUGCAAAGGACAUAGCUGUGGAGCCCCAGGCUUCAACCCAGUAGGAAGCCAGGAGGAGGUGGGAAAACCUAGGAAGCUUGAGGAGGGUAUCAGCUAUUAACCUGCCCAGAUGUAAGGGAGCGGGAGAGUCCUGAGGGAGCAGCUCAGCAGCCCAGGUACAGCCUUGUGCUGACCUGGGGCUUCCAGGUGCUGGCCAGGAGGGAGAUGGCUAAGGGUAGUCCGCAGGGCGGAGCCCAAGAGAAAUAAAGCUAUUUUGUAUAUUCCACCAGUGUGUGUCCCUGCCACUAAUCGGAUGAUGGGGGGCCCCUCCCAGCCGUCUGGGAAUCCAGGGUAUAGGCUUCGAUGGUGUGUGGGUCCCUUCCUGCCUCUGACACCAACAACUAGGUGGCUCGCCCAUUUCAGAGCCCAGGACUAGGAAGGCAGGAAGGAUCGGAGGAGCAAGGAGGCUGCAGUGACGGCCUCGGCCACGAGGUGGAGGCAGAGUGACCUGUUUUCCCCGCUGGGGCCAGAUGAGGGCAGCAGGCUCACAAUCCAAGAGAGCCUAGAAUUCUGGGGCUGGGUCACCCGUCCCCUCAACUUUUCCCACUCCCACCCCACACCCCCGUCCCAGUCCUGGUGAACCGCAGUCUCAGGGAACCCAGCCCAGAAUUCAAACCCAACCAGGCGGGGUGGGGCGGACAAGAGCGCGACAGGGGCCAAGUCCCAACCACAGACCCAGCAGCGGAAAGGAAAGGUGGAGGGUGGAGGGGGGAAGAGGCAAGCGGCCGCGGCCGAUCUGGAGCAUGCGCACAAUUCCGCUGAGCUGGUCAACGCUCUUCCCAACCUGCUCUGCGGCAAGGCUGUGUCGAAGGCAGAAAGUAAAAAAAAAAAAUCUUUGCCCUCCUACCCCUUAGCCUCCGCCCCUAGCCUAGCCCUGGCCCCCUCCUCUACAGCCCUACCCAA